AUGACUGCAACACAACCAUCCCCUACCAUCCUCCUCACCGGUGCUGGAAGUGGCAUUGGUCUCAGUGUUCUGUCCCAACUUUUGCAGAAGCAUCCAGGAAUUCGGGUCCAGGUGUUGACAUUGUUUCCCACAGCCGAGCUCACCGCGUUGGAAGAGCAAUACGGCAAAGGAUGUCUAAACACCGUCUACGGUGACGUUUGCGAUGCAGACAUCGUGGCCAAAGCCGUCAAAGAGACGAUAUCCAACUAUGGCACCAUGACGCACCUGAUAAGCUGUGUGGGAACCAUGCUUCCAGUCCAGACAAUCAGGGAUGUCCCUCUUGCCGAGAUUAAAAAGAUCUUCGAGAUCAAUUUCUUCUCCGUGUUCGAUCUGGUCCAGCGCUCACUGCCGCACCUGUCUGCCUGGGGCGAGCGGAAGCCCACUGUCAUCAUUGUGACCAGCGGCGUGGACUCCAGCGUCCUGUACCGCGGCUGGACUGGAUAUUGUACCUCCAAGGCCGCAUUGACGCGCUUCAUUCAUUUGCUGGCGCACGAAGAGCCCGGCCUGGACGUAUACGGCGUGCUGCCACUGGUCACAAAGUCCCCGAUGGUCGACAAGAUCUUCAAUGGCGAAUAUGACCAUAUCAUGCGGCCUGAGGAACGCGAGAGGUUCAAUACUUGGGCUAAGGAAGGGAAGAUCGAGCCGCCUGAGCCUAUUGCGGAGGCGAUUGUCAAGGCGGCCACCGGCCAAAUCACGCCAGAAUCCAAGGAGGUGGAGAGGAAUGAUUGUGGUGCUUUGUUUAUUGGCAGCUUGUACCAAAAGUGA